GUAACGGAUGAUGGCGUUGUAGCACUAGUGAGUGGAACAUGCUCAAAGAAUUUGAAGGAGAUCCACAUGGAACGCUGUGUGAAUCUGACUGAUGUUGCUGUGGAAGCAGUCCUCACUUGUUGUCCGGAGAUAAACAUUUUUCUGUUCCAUGGUUGCCCGUUGAUAACAGAUCGUUCCCGCGACUUUUUAGAGCAGCUAGCCAUAUCCAAAAAAAUGAAGCAAGUAACAUGGACUGUUUACUGA